CGGAGCGUCGGAUUUCAGAGCGGGGCGGGGAGUCGCCCGCGCGGCCCGCAGCCAGCCCACAGCCCUCGCCCCGAGCAGGCGCGCGCGCCAUGGGCAUCUCGGGCCGCGGGAGCGAGUGGAGGAUGCUGGGAAGGAGGUAACAUGGCCUCCGGCGGCGGCGGCGGCGGAGCCGAGGAGGGUCUACAGCGGGACCGGCUGCAGCUCCCGCUCCCCGCGCAGCCCACGGCCCGCGCCGAGGAAGCCGAGGGCGCCCGCGAGAAGAUGGGCUGGGCGCAGGUGGUGAAGAACCUGGCGGAGAAGAAGGGCGACUUCCGCGAGCCGCGGCGGCGCGACGAAACGGGCAGCGGUGAGAGUGGCGGGCGAGGCAGCCCCGCGGGCCUGGCCGCGCCGAACCCCGACGACUUCCCGCCUGCCGCCCGCGGGGACCCCAAGGGCCGCCGUAGAGAGCCUGCGGGCGAGCUGGCAGACGCUGGCGGCAAGAAGGGAGCGGGAGACGCGAGUCGAAGGAAGAAGGCCGAGGUGGCGGCGGCGGCGGCGGCGGAGCAGGAGGAGCCGGAGGAGGAGGAGGCGGCCAUGGCGACCCCCGCCAAGCCCGGCGCGACCGAAGACGCAGCUGCAGAGAGACCAGUCCAGGACGAGCCUCCAGAGCCUCCAGCCGCCGGGCCGGGCAAGGGCCGCUUCCUCGUGCGCAUCUGUUUCCAGGGAGACGAGAGUGCCUGUCCGACCCGGGAUUUCGUGGUGGGCGCGCUCAUCCUGCGCUCCAUCGGCAUGGACCCCGACGACAUCUACGCGGUCAUCCAGAUCCCCGGCAGCCGUGAGUUCGACGUGAGCUUCCGAUCCGCCGACAAGCUAGCCCUGUUUCUCCGCGUCUACGAGGAAAAGCGAGAGCUGGAGGACUGCUGGGAGAACUUUGUGGUGUUGGGGCGGAGCAGGUCCAGCUUGAAGACCCUCUUCAUCCUCUUCCGGAACGAGACCGUGGAUGUGGAGGACAUCGUGACCUGGCUCAAGCGCCACUGCGACGUGCUGGCCGUGCCCGUGAAAGUGACCGACAGGUUUGGGAUCUGGACCGGGGAGUACAAGUGCGAGAUCGAGCUGCGCCAGGGGGAGGGCGGAGUGAGGCACCUGCCCGGGGCCUUCUUCUUGGGAGCCGAGAGGGGCUACAGUUGGUACAAGGGGCAGCCCAAGACGUGCUUCAAAUGUGGUUCUCAGACCCACAUGAGCGGCACCUGCACGCAGGACAGGUGUUUCAGGUGCGGGGAAGAGGGGCACCUGAGCCCUUACUGCCGGAAGGUCAUCGUGUGCAACCUCUGUGGCAAGAGAGGACACGCCUUCGCCCAGUGUCCCAAAGCAGUUCACAAUAACGUGGCAGCUCAGCUCAACGGCGUGGCAGGGCACUGAACGCGCGUCUGCCUGCCGGGGUGAACACACAGCCAGCUUACCCUUAAGUGCCAGAACUUUUUUUUUUAUUUCUAAAAGACCAUUUUUUAUCUUUUUGGAAGGAGAUAUUUCUAAAACCUAACAGACUUUCUCUCUGUGCCUUUUUAAAACUAUGUGUGCCCCUUUUCAGCCUGUUUGAAAAGGACUAUUCAGAACUGUAA